AUGGCCUUCUCCUCUCUCCCUCCUCUCCUAAACACCAUUGUAGCAAUCUCCAUAACCCUCAUCUCGACUCUCAUCUUCUCAAAAUCCCAGCUUUACCCCACCCCAUCUCCUCAAAUCCACCAUAGAUCCAUCCUCUCACAAAAUCAAGAUCAAAACUUUACUCUCUCUUGCACCUCUUUACCCUCCACAAAUGGCCUUAUUGACUACCUUUCUCUUCACUUUUGCCUCUUCAAAGAGAAAAAUUUGCUCUCAAUUCCUUGCCUUUCAUUUUUUAUACUUCUUCAUUUUUAUGUUCUCAUUAAAACUGCACAAUCCCAUUUCUCUAUAGUGACAACAAAGCUAACCCAUCACUUAAAUCUCUCUCCAAGUAUGGGAGGUGUGACCCUUUUGGCUUUAGGGAAUGGGGCGCCUGAUGUUUUUGCAUCACUUGCUGCUGUUAGGUCAGGGCAAUAUAGAACUGGGUUUGGUGCUAUAUUAUCUGCUGGGACUUUUGUUUCUUCUCUUGUUGUUGGUUUUGUUGCUAUUUAUGCUGCACCAUUUAAUGUGGAUCCUGGUUCUUUUAUAAGGGAUGUUGGGUUUUAUUUGUUAGGUGCUUUGUUUUUGUUUUAUGUUUAUUUGAGUGGGGAGAUAUUCUUUUGGCAGGCUGUUGGGUUUGUUGGGUUUUAUUUGUUCUUCGUUGGGUUUGUGUUUUGGAUGGAUUUGGGAAGUGGUGUUAUUGCUGGUGGAGGUGAUGGAAAAAGGGAUGCAAGAGACGUGGAUUGUGAGAGAGGCGGAGAAGUCGUGGUGGGUAGUUUGGCGGGUGAGAAUGAGAGUUCUGGAUGUUUUGAGAGGGCUUAUGGAAAGAUCUCAAAAGUGUGGGAGUUCCCUGUCUCGUUUCUUCUGAAGAUCACAAUUCCUCAAAGUGCACCUUUGGAAUGGAACAGGUUCUACCUAUCUGCCAACAUUGCUCUUUGCCCAGUAGCCCUUUUGUAUGCUUGCAACUCAUUCAUGCCAUUAGAUCAUCCCAUUGUAUUCCUCUUUCCAAACAUUCAUUUCCCACUCUGGUUCAUAGUACUUUUGGCUAGCUCUUCGCUCGCAGUUCUGCACUUUAUACUUGAAAAGGAACCCCCAAAGACUGAGCAAAUAUCGCUGGUGCUUGUGGCAUUUGUAAUGAGUGUCUUUUGGAUAUCCACUGUUGCUGGAGAACUUCUAAACUGCCUGGAAGCACUUGGGAUACUUCUUGAAGUGCCCCCAUCUCUCCUUGGGCUUACGGUACUUGCUUGGGGAAACUCUGUGGGUGAUCUAGUUGCUGACGUUGCAGUUGCCAGAGCUGGUCAGCCAGCUAUGGCCAUGGCUGGAUGCUUUGCUGGACCAAUGUUUAACAUGCUUGUUGGACUUGGAUCAGCUUUGGUGAUUCUAACAGCUGAUGUUUAUCCAAAAGCUUAUAAACUCAAUUUCCACAUUGGGAUUGUGACUGCAUUUGUAUUCUUGCUUUUUGGACUGAUGGGAUCUCUGUUAGUCAUCACUUGGUCCAGAUUUCGGGUGCCUAGGUUCUGGGGUUUCUGCCUUGUUGGCCUUUAUGUCUUUUUUAUGGCAGUUAGCUUAGUCAUAGCUAAGUUCUCAGGCCCCUCAGAUGAAGCAGCAAAUUUGUCAUCAAAAAGGGGAGAAGCAUUGAUGUGGAUGACGAAGGUAGCUGAGGAUUAUGGAAUUUUUUAUCUGUUCUUGAUCUUGCAAGCAAAAGUACAAGUUCUGCAGAAAGAGAAGAGGCCUAAAUUGCAUAUUAUUGAGUUUAGUUGGAUCAGAAUGGAUCAGCAAGGGCAUGGACAGCCUCCUGCUAUGGCGGUACCCAGUAGUGCAUCUCAACUGCAAUACGGAACAAAUCCGUAUCAGCCAAACCAAAUGCCUGCUGCCUCAAAUCCUGGAUCAGUUACUGGUCAGCCUGCAGGAGCUCAGCUUGCACAACACCAACUUGCCUAUCAGCAGAUCCACCAGCAACAGCAACAGCAACUCCAGCAACAACUUCAGUCUUUUUGGACAAAUCAGUAUCAAGAAAUUGACAAAGUUUCUGACUUCAAAAAUCAUAGCCUUCCCUUGGCAAGGAUCAAGAAGAUCAUGAAGGCUGAUGAGGAUGUGAGGAUGAUAUCAGCUGAGGCACCAGUUAUAUUUGCCAGGGCAUGUGAAAUGUUUAUUUUAGAGUUGACCUUGCGGUCAUGGAAUCACACAGAGGAGAACAAGAGGAGAACACUACAGAAGAAUGAUAUUGCCGCAGCUAUCACAAGGACUGAUAUCUUUGAUUUCCUGGUUGACAUUGUGCCUAGGGAGGAUCUGAAAGAUGAAGUGCUAGCGUCAAUCCCAAGAGGAACAAUGCCUGUUGGAGGACCUGUUGAUGCACUCCCUUACUGCUAUAUGCCACCUCCACAUGCACCUCAGGUUGGAACUCCUGGGAUGAUAAUGGGCAAGCCUGUGAUGGACCCAGCUAUGUAUGCCCAGCAGUCUCAUCCCUAUAUGGCACAGCAUAUGUGGUCGCAGGGAUCAGAGCAGCAGCAGUCACCCUCAGAUCAUUAA